AUGCAGACUGCUUCUACAAUCAUAUGUGAAAGACUGUGCAAUAAGUCCGUCCAUGAAAUUUCCUUGCUACUAAAUAUUCUACUGUCAACUGUUAGUGGUAUUAUAACAAAGUGGAAGCAACUGGGAACAACAGCAACUCAGCCACGAAGUGGUAGGCCAUGUAAAAUGACAGAGCGGGGUCACUGCAUGCUGAAGCGCACAGUGCGCAGAAGUCGCCAACUGCAGAGUCAAUAGCUACAGACCUACAAACCUUGUAUGGCUUCAAUGAUUAGCAGAACAGUGCAUAGAGAGCUUCAUGGAAUGGGUUCCCAUAGCCAAGCAGCUGCAUCCAAGCCUUACAUCACCAAAUGCAAUGCAAAGCGUCAGAUGCAGUGGUGUAAAGCACCCCACUGGAAUCUAG